GUUUAUACAAUUUAUAAACUACUUUGUCACGUAGAUAACGCCACCAAAAAAACUAAAACUAGUCCUUUAUGACUGAGAAGAUAGAAUUACGAAGAGUCCCUGAAGGCAGCAGCGGAAGCUUCAUCAUGGUGAAAUUUGGGCUCCAGUUCAAAGCCACUCUGGAGAAUGUCACCAAUGUGAGACCACUGGGUGACGACUUCCGCUGGUUUCUGAAGCUGAAGUGUGGAAACUGUGGAGAGAUUCCAGACAAAUGGCAGUAUAUAACCCUAGAGGAGAGUGUGCCACUUAAAGGAGGAAGAAGCAGUGCCAGCAUGGUGCAGAAAUGUAAACUUUGCUCCAGGGAAAAUUCAAUUGAUAUCCUGGGAGACACAAUCAAACCUUAUAAUGCAGAGGACAGCGAAAAAUUCAAGACAAUGGUGCAGUUUGAGUGUCGAGGUCUGGACCCCAUCGACUUCCAACCUCAAGCUGGCUUCGCUGCACAAGGAGCAGAGUCUGGAACACAGUUUCCUGAAGUCAACCUGCUAGAAAAAGACUGGACAGACUACGAUGAGGAAGUCAAGGAGUCGGUGGGAAUAUAUGAGGUCACACACCAGUUCAUCAAGUGCUGAUGUCAUCAUGUGCUGAGCCUCAGAGGUGGGCGAAUGAACACUACAGCCAAACAUCCUCAGGCCUCAGACUUUGCCGGCAUCAAGGGUGCUUCAGAUGCUGAGGUGGCGUGUUUCGGUUGAUGAUGAACAUUAACAGGUGUGGAUUGAUACCACAGGUUGUCCAUACACGUCUUGGAUUAAUGAACAUGUUCAAGGCUUUUUUCACUGCCUCAAUAAAACUGAAAGGUGGCAA